AGGAACAAUAGAGAGCAACACCGCCAGCCUUCAGGCUCCGAGCACGGGCGAGGCGACCGAACGCGAGGCGGGGAGCGGGGAGCGGGAUGGGGGCCAGCUGAAGCGGGGGUAUUUACCCGCCCGUCUCCCUUUGUCUUUCCGAGCCUUCGGCGGGAUUGUCGCGUCCGAGCGGAAUCCGGCAUGAACCCCGCAGAAGCGGCCGAGGAGGCGCCCAGCGACCCCGACACGGAUGUCUUCUACAAAGCAGGCUCUCUGAGGACUGAAGGCGUCAAGGCGUCUGAUGUGCUUCCCGUCUUGAAGGAGAAAGUGGCGUUUGUGUCCGGUGGGCGGGACAAACGAGGAGGUCCGAUCCUGACGUUCCCGGCAAGAAGCAACCACGACCGAAUAAAGCAGGAGGACCUGCGGAGGCUGGUCACGUACCUGUCCACAGUCCCCAGCGAGGAUGUGUGCAAGCGAGGCUUCACUGUCAUCAUCGACAUGCGCGGCUCCAAGUGGGAGUUGAUCAAACCUCUCCUGAAGACCCUGCAGGAGUUCUUCCCGGCGGAGAUCUGCGUGGCGCUCAUCAUUAAACCCGACAACUUCUGGCAGAAGCAGAAGACCAACUUUGGGAGCGCCAAGUUUUCCUUCGAGACCAGCAUGGUGUCAGUAGAAGGUCUGGCCAAGCUGGUGGAUCCUUCACAGCUGACGGACGACUUCGAAGGCUCCUUGGACUACAACCAUGAGGAGUGGAUGGACCUCCGAGUCUCCCUGGAGGAGUUCAUGUCCAACGCUGUUCACCUGCUGUCCAGGCUGGAGGACCUGCAGGAAGUUCUGUCCAAGAAGGACUUCCCGUCUGACGUUGAAGGAUCUCGGGGGCUGAUAGAAGAACACACUCAGCUGAAGAAAAAGGUGCUGAAGGCUCCAGUGGAGGAGCUGGACCGGGAAGGCCAGCGCCUGCUGCAGUGCAUCCGAUGCAGCGACGGCUACUCGGGGAGGAGCUCCAUCUCUGGCGCUUCUGACUUCCAGAGUCUGGUGCCUAAGGUGGCCAGUCUGCUGGACAAGCUGCACUCCACCAGGCAACAUCUCCACCAGACCUGGCACGUCAGGAAGCUGAAGCUGGACCAGUGCUUCCAGCUGCGCCUCUUUGAGCAGGACGCAGAGAAGAUGUUCGACUGGAUCAUCCACAACAAGGAGCUGUUCCUGCAGAGCCACACAGAAAUCGGGCGAGCGUACCAACACGCCGCCGAGCUGCAGACGCAGCACAACCACUUCGCCAUGAACUCCAUGAACGCCUACGUCAACAUCAACAGGAUCAUGUCGGUGGCCGCCCGCCUGGCGGAAGCGGGCCACUACGCCUCUGCGCAGAUCAAACAGAUCUCGGCUCAACUGGACCAGGACUGGAAGAGCUUCGCCGCCGCUCUGGAUGAGCGCUCCACCAUCCUCGCCAUGUCGUCCGUUUUCCACCAGAAGGCAGAACAGUUCUUGUCGGAGGUGGAGGCCUGGUGCAAGGUCUGCAGCGAGGGCGGGCUGCCGUCCGAGAUGCAGGAGCUGGAGCUGGCCAUCCACCGCCAUCAGAGCCUCUACGAGCAGGUCACCCAGGCCUACGCCGAGGUGAGUCAAGACGGGAAAACCCUCCUGGACGUCCUGCAAAGGCCCCUCAGUCCCGGCAACUCGGAGUCCCUGACGGCCACUGCCAAUUACUCAAAAGCAGUCCACUGUAUCCUGGAUGUGGUUCAUGAAGUGCUCCACCAUCAGCGUCGUCUGGAGAACAUUUGGCAGCACCGAAAAGUCCGCCUGCACCAGAGACUGCAGCUGUGUGUCUUCCAGCAGGACGUCCAGCAGGUGAUGGACUGGAUCGAGAACCACGGUGAGGCGUUCCUCAGCAAACACACCGGCGUGGGAAAGUCUCUUCAUCGAGCUCGGGCCCUGCAGAAACGACACGACGACUUUGAGGACGUGGCUCAGAACACGUACACCAACGCAGACAAGCUCCUGGAGGCGGCCGAGCAGCUGGCCCAGACGGGUGAAUGCGACCCGGAGGAGAUCUACAAGGCCGCCCGGCACCUGGAGGUCCGGAUUCAGGAUUUUGUGCGUCGUGUGGAGCACCGGAAGCUUCUGCUGGACAUGUCCGUGUCCUUCCACACGCACACCAAAGAGCUGUGGUCAUGGAUGGAGGAGCUCCAGAAGCAGCUGCUGGACGACGUGACCUGUGACUCGGUGGACUCGGUGCAGGCGCUCAUCCAGCAGUUCCAGCAGCAGCAGACGGCCACGCUGGAGGCCACGCUCAACGUCAUCAAAGAGGGGGAGGAGCUUAUGCAGCAGCUCAGGGACGCCGCCAUGUCCACCAACAAGACGCCGCACUGCAGUUCCAUCGCUCACAUCCAGGGGGUGCUGCAGCAGCUGGACGAGGCCCAGGGCCAGAUGGAGGAGCUGUUCCACGAGCGCAAGAUCAAACUGGACAUCUUUCUGCAGCUGCGCAUCUUUGAGCAGUACACCAUCGAGGUGACGGCCGAGCUGGACGCUUGGAAGGAGGACCUGUCUCGGCAGCUAAGCGACGGCGCCUCCUCUGGCGGGGCAGAGGACAUCGGCCUGGCCGAGCAGAGGCUGAAGAGGCACGCCGAGCGUAAGGCGGCCAUGAACAACAUGACUUAUGAGGUCAUGCAGCAGGGCCAGGACCUGCACCAGUACAUCAUGGAGGUCCAAGCCUCAGGAAUCGAGCUGACUGGCGAGAAGGACGCCGACUUGGCCUCCCAGGUGCAGGAGCUGCUGGAGUUCCUACACGAGAAGCAGCAGGAAGUGGAACUGAGCGCUCAGCACGCGCACGCACGCCUGGAGCAGAUUCUGCAACUGCGCCACCUUCAGGCCGAGGUCAAGCAGGUUCUGGGAUGGAUCCGAAACGGCGAGUCCAUGCUGAAUGCCAGCAUGGUGAACGCCAGCUCGCUGUCAGAGGCCGAGCAGCUGCAGAGGGAACACGAGCAGUUCCAGAUGGCGAUAGAGUCUCUCUUCCACGCCAACUCCCUUCAGAAGACCCACCAGAGUGCUCUUCAGGUCCAGCAGAAAGCCGAGAUGAUGCUCCAGGGCGGUCAUUACGACCCGGACGCCAUUCGCGGCUGCGCUGAGAAGGUGGCGGUCCACUGGCAGCAGCUGAUGCUGAAGAUGGAGGACCGCCUCAAGCUUGUCAACGCCUCGGUGGCCUUCUACAAGACAUCGGAACAGGUGUGCAGCGUGCUGGAAAGCCUGGAGCAGGAGUAUCGCCGUGACGAGGACUGGUGCGGCACUCAGGAGAAAGUUGGCGCGCUGGCAGAGUGCGAGCACCUCCUGCCUCUCAUCAGCAAACACCUGGAGCAGAAGGAAGCUUUCCUUAAGGCGUGCACGUUGGCCCGGAGGAACGCCGAGGUCUUCCUCAAGUACAUCCACAGGAACAACGUGGGCAUGCCGGGGGCCGCGAGUCACACCAGAGGGCCCGAGCAGCAGGUCAAAGCCAUUCUCAACGAGCUGCUGCAGAGGGAGAACCGAGUCCUGCACUUCUGGACUCUGAAGAAGAGACGGCUGGACCAGUGUCAGCAGUACUUGGUCUUUGAACGCAGCGCCAAGCAGGCUCUGGAUUGGAUCCAGGACACAGGUGAGGUCUACCUGGCCAAGCACACCUCACCUGGCGACAGCAGCAAGGAAACGCAGCAGUUGCUCAACGACCACCAUCACUUCCGACUCAGUGCCAAGCAAACCAAGGAGAAGGUGAAGCUCCUCAUCCAGCUGGCAGACAACCUGGUAGAGAAAGGCCACGCCCACGUGUCAGAGCUGAAGCGAUGGGUCAGCACAGUGGACCGACGCUACCGAGACUUCUCCCUGCGCAUGGCCAAGUACCAGGAGGGCCUGGAGAAGACCCUGGGCGUCUCCUCUGAGGACAACAAGGACUUGGAGCUGGACAUCAUUCCCGCCAGCCUGACGGACGACCCCGAAGUCAAACUGCGUGACCCCAGUCACGAGGUCAACGAGGAGAAGAGGAAGUCUGCUCGUAAGAAAGAGUUCAUCAUGGCCGAGCUCCUGCAGACCGAGAAGACGUACGUCCGAGACCUACAGGAAUGUCUGGAGACCUACCUGUGGGACAUGACCAAAGGCGGUGACGACAUCCCGCCCGCCAUCGCCAACAGAGAGCACGUCAUCUUCGGCAACAUACAGGACAUCUACGACUUCCACAACAAUAUUUUCCUGAAGGAGCUGAUCAAUUACGAGCAGCUGCCAGAGGAUGUUGGACACUGCUUUGUCACCUGGGCUGACAAGUUCCACAUCUACGUGGAUUAUUGCAAAAACAAACCCGACUCCAGUCAACUCAUUCUGGAACACGCCGGAACUUUCUUUGACGACAUCCAGCAGCGACGAGGACUCGCCAAUUCCAUCUCGUCUUACCUCAUCAAACCCGUGCAGAGGAUCACCAAGUACCAACUGCUGCUGAAGGAGUUGCUGUCCUGCUGCGAGGAGGGCAAAGGGGAGAUCAAAGACGGCCUGGAGGUCAUGUUGAGCGUCCCCAAGCGAGCCAACGACGCCAUGCACCUGGCCAUGCUGGAAGGUUUCGAGGAGAACUUGGAGGUUCAGGGCGAGCUGAUCCUGCAGGACAGUUUCCAGGUGUGGGACCCGCGCUCCCUCAUCCGAAAGGGGCGGGACCGACACCUCUUCCUGUUCGAGUUCUCUCUGGUCUUCAGCAAGGAAUUCAAGGACUCAUCCGGAAGAACCAAAUAUCAAUACAAACACAAACUACUGACGUCAGAGUUGGGGGUGACGGAGCACAUCGAAGGCGACCCGUGUAAAUUUGCUCUCUGGGCCGGAAGGACGCCCUCGUCUGACAACAAGACGGUGCUGAAGGCGUCGGGUGUGGAGGCCAAGCAGGAGUGGAUCAAGAACAUCAGGGAGGUGAUCCAGGAGAGAAUGACCCACCUGAAGGGGGCGCUGAAAGAGCCCGUUCAGCUGCCAAAGACGGCGGCACUCGCCAAACCUCGGAACACCGCCAAGAGGGACGGAGGCGAAGACGGAGACAGCCAAGGGGACGGCGGCAGCCAGCCGGACACCAUCUCCAUCGCCUCCAGAACCUCGCAGAACACCGUGGACAGCGACAAGCUCUCUGGUGGCUGCGAGUUGACUGUGGUGCUACAGGACUUCACGGCAGGAUGCAGCAGCGAGAUGUCAGUCAGCACUGGUCAAACGGUGGAGUUGCUGGAGAGGCCCAGCGAGCGACCGGGCUGGUGUUUGGUGCGCACCACCGAGCGCAGCCCCCAGCAGGAGGGUCUGGUGCCCAGCUCGGCACUCUGUGUAUCCCACUCUCGUUCCAGCGUGGACAUGGACUGCUUCUUUAGCUCCGGGAAAGAAAACUAUCCCGUCGGUGGCACAGAUGGAAAGAGCGAGUCGGUGACCAACCUUCAGCCGCAGCCGUCCCUCAACUCGCUGCAGUCCAACUCGCCCGGACCCAAGCGCUCUGGAAACACGCUGAGAAAAUGGCUGACCAGUCCCGUUCGCCGCCUCAGCAGCUCGGCAGUGAAACCCCCCAGCAACAAGCAGAAAAAGACGGGUCCAGUGUCGGGACGAGAGGACAACAGGAGGGGACAACCCGGUCUUAACCCAUAUGAUGACAUCAUUGACGAGCGGGCCGUCAUCAGCAAUGAUGGCAGCGUCCUCUCCAAGACGCCAUCUGGCAUGCAGAGCGGCGGAGAGGAGGAGCAAGAUGAGGAGGCCCAUACCCCCCUGCCCCCUCCUAUGGAAAUCAUCAAGGACCCCUCAGCGCAGGACGACAAGUCCUCGUCCUUGCUAACGUCUCUACAGGCGUCCUCUGAGGGGCCCUGCGCCGCCGAGCUGGUUAGCGCCAUAGAAAAACUGGUUAAAACCAAGAUGACUUUAGAACCAGGAGCCUACCCGGGGUUUGCCCAGCUGUCGCCGCCAGAACAAAGCACUCCGGUCCAGCCCCGGAACCCUGAGCUGGAGCAAAGAGCCAAAGCCAUGAGGGGGCGCAUGUUCGUGGUCAACGAGCUGAUCCAGACAGAAAAGGACUACGUCAAAGACCUUGGCAUCGUGGUCGAGGGUUUCAUGAAGAACAUUGAGGAGAAAGGCGUCCCGGACGUCAUGAAGGGAAAGGAGAAGAUUGUCUUCGGGAACAUCCAUCAGAUCUACGAUUGGCACAGAGACUUCUUUGUGGGAGAGCUGGAGAAAUGCCUAGAUGACCACGAGCUCCUGGCCAAACUGUUCAUCAAACACGAGAGAAGACUGCACAUGUACGUCAUCUACUGUCAGAAUAAACCCAGGUCGGAGUUCAUCGUUGCAGAGUAUGACACCUAUUUUGACGGAGUCCAGCAGGAUAUCCAGUCCAGGUUUACCAUCAGCGACUUCCUCAUCAAGCCCAUCCAAAGAAUCACCAAAUACCAACUGCUCCUGAAGGAUUUCUUGAGGUACAGCUCCAAGGCGGGAAUGGACUGUAAACCAAUUGAGAAAGCAGUGGAUUUGAUGUCCCAGGUCCCUAAACUGUGUAACGACAUGAUGAAUUUAGGUCGGCUGCAAGGCUACGAGGGCAAACUGACAAGUCAGGGCAAGCUGCUACAGCAGGAAACCUUCUUUGUGACGGAGCAGGACGUCUUGUCGCGCUCCAAAGAACGCAGAGUUUUCCUCUUUGAGCAGAUCGUCAUCUUCAGCGAGCUGCUCAGGAAAGGCUCGUCCACGCCCGGAUACCAGUUCAAGAAGAGCAUCAAGGUGUCCUACUUGGGUCUGGAGGAGAGCGCAGACAACGACCCGUGUAAGUUUGUGUUGUCGUGUCGCGGCUCGUCGGAGCGUUUCACCCUGCAGGCGGCCAAUGUGGACAUUAAGCGGGUCUGGCUGAGACACAUCCAGGACCUGCUGGAUGCCCAAAGCAACUUCCUGUCAGCGCUCCAGUCCCCCAUCGAGUUCCAUCGAGAGCGAGGCGGGAUCAGUGCCACACUGUCGAGAAAACGCUCGACCGCCAGUAACCACUCGGCCGCGUCUCACAGCCGGCCCUCGUCAGUCGUCGGCCAGGGCGAGAAGGACGGCGAGAGGGGGCGGGGCCCGAUGACCACAUCCACCUCCAACGGCGGCACUAUGUGCUUCGACUCCAGGGAGAGCGUCAGCGGCUGCAACGGCGAUUCGUCCACCAUGCGCAUCACUCAGGAUUACUCUGCGCUCAAGGAGAACGAGAUCAGCGUGAGCCACGGCGAGACGGUGCAGAUCCUGGCCACCAACCAGCAGAACAUGUACCUGGUGUACCGGCCCGCCGAUAGCCAGUCGCCCGCCGCCGAGGGCUGGGUGCCCGGCCACAUCCUGGGCCCGCCGCCGCCGCUCCCGAAGCCUCUUAAAGACUCCUCUUCCGCCACAUCCUUCUCGGCGGCGGUGGCCGACGCCGGCAACAUCAAGAAGUCCCUGUCGUGGAACACUCUACGUGCCAGGAAGCGCGCCGAAGCCAAGGAGGCAUCGGGCUUUGGGGUCAGAGGUCAGGCGAACGGUCUCCUGCUGCGUAAGACAAAAGAAAGCGCGCCCACGCCCCUGCUCUCCUCCCCUGUCGCCAGGGCGAAGGGCAAAGAAGUUCACACAUCCGACGAAUCUGACUGUGACGACGAGCUCGAUCCCAAAACUGGCAUGGAGCUUCUCAACCCAAACUUCAUCCAGGAAGUGGCCCCAGAGUUCCUGGUCCCGCUCUCGGACGUGGCGUGCGCCUUCGGGGAGACGGUGGUGCUCUGCUGCAAAGUGUGCGGACGACCCAAACCCUCUGUCACCCUGAAGGGACCCGACCAGAACCCGGUGACCAUCAACAGCCGCUUCGCCAUCGACAUCAGGGACACUGGGGACAUCUUGUUGAAGAUCUGCAACCUGAUGCCGCAGGACACGGGCAUCUACACCUGCGUGGCUGUUAACGAUCAUGGCUCCGCUUCCUCCUCCGCCUCUAUCAAAGUGCAAGGUAUCCCAGCAGCAACUGGGAGGCCGGUGGCCCAGGAGGCUAGCAGCACAGCCGUGAUGAUCCACUGGCCGCCGCCAGCUUCCUCCGCCCACUCAGCGGUCAGCAGCUACAGUGUGGAGUACAGACAAGAAGACUCGUUGCUAUGGCAACAGGUGGCCAGCAGCAGGGAAGAGUGUGUUCAGAUUGACACCCUCAUACCUGGCGGUCACUACCAGUUCCGAGUACGAGCCUCCAACCGCUGGGGGGUCGGCCCGCCGUCUGAGCCCUCCAAUAUGGUUUCUCUGUCCAGCUGCAACACGGCUUAUGACGGAACAGGAAUCGAGUGGAAGGAAAACUUUGAGGCGACUUUCUCAGAGAUCUGUGAGAUCGGAAGGGGACGCUUUUCCGUGGUGAGAAAAUGUCUCAACAAGUCCACGAGGAAAGAGGUUGCGGUAAAGUUUGUGAGCAAGAAGAUGCAGAAGAAAGAGCAGGCGGCUCACGAGGCCGACAUCCUCCAGCAUGUCCACAGUCAGCAGCUGGUGAAGCUGUUGGACACUUACGAGUCGCCCACGUCGCUGAUGCUGGUUCUGGAGCUGCUUGAGGGCGGUCGUCUCCUGGACUACCUGGUGGCCCACGAUGAGCUGAUGGAAGAGAAGGUGGCGUUCUUCAUUCUGGAAAUAUUACAAGUUUUGCAGCAUCUUCACACCUGCAGAGUUGCACACUUGGACCUGAAGCCUGAGAACAUCAUGGUGGACCUCCACUCUCCCACCCCGUGUGUAAAGCUCAUUGACUUGGGCGACGCCGUCCAGCUGUCUGCCCAACGCCGCUACGUCCACCUGCUCCUGGGAAAUCCGGAGUUUGCGGCACCCGAGCUGGUCUGUGGCACGCCCGUGUCUGUCGCCACCGAUGUGUGGAGUGUGGGCGUCUUGGCCUAUGUUAUGCUUAGCGGAGUGUCGCCGUUUCUGGACGAGUCGCCCGAGGAAACCUGCGUCAACAUCUGCCGCCUAGAUUUCUGCUUCCCGGAUGACUACUUCCAGGACGUGAGCCAGUCGGCGAGGGAUUUUGUGUCGGCGGCACUCCAGCAGGAUCCCAGGAAGAGGCCCAGUGCUACUUCAUGUCUGCAGCACCCGUGGGUGAGUCGCGGGGGCACGCACGGCGGGGAGUACUCCAAGACACCAUUAGACACCACACGAUUGGCGACGUUUAUUGACCGAAGGAAGCAGCUGCACGAUAUUCGGCCCGUCACUAACAUGAAGGGACUGGUGAGCAUCAGUAUGGCGAACUCGCUGUGACAAGCUUAUCAAUAAUAGAUCUGCGAUAUAUUUUCAAGUAUUUACUGACCAGAUGUAUUUUGCAAGGCAGCAAAAUCAUGGAUCUAUCUUCUCUUCCGAGCCUUGCCAAUAGCCCAGAACCCGUAAAGGAGGCCCUUCAAGCUGUCCAAAAAUGCCUUUAGUUUCAAAGACACUGAGUGGCCAUGGACCGAAGCAAUAAGAUGAUCUUGGACUCUGGUCCUUCAACCUGCUGGACAGAACUUGGAUGUGAAAUCGUUCCCAUUAAAGAAGACCGUUGCCACUCAACAACAAAACGGAAGAGGUGAUCGCCGCCUCUGGGACUUGGAUUUUUGGAGGAUAACAAGCUGUUUCAUUAAUACACUUUGCUCAGAACCAAGGAAUCUUUCUGUAGUUUUUUUGUCCAACAAAAUUGUCGCCAUCUAAAGAAAGGAGUAGAUCCUGGGUGUUGUCUCUUUGACCCUUUUGUGCGUUUUGCUUCGGGACACUCAAACUGUACUUUGAUCUUGCAAAGAAAGAUGGUGGUCUCUGUCUCUAGGAAACAGGUCUACAGUUGCUUUUACUAAGGAAAACAGUUGUGUUCCGCAGGGACAACUGCACCUAUAAGGCUUUGGUCUUCCUCUGUCCAGUGGUAUUCGCUCCAUCUAAGAAGGACUUUGUUCCUGCUGGUUUAUUGCACUGAAGGACAACUGGAAGUUGGGUUGGGACAUUUGGAUUUGAGUAGUCAUCUGACCUGCGCAAUCAUCAUCUGAGGAGAAUUGUGUCACUCGAGGUUGUCUUUGUUUCUGACCCCUAAAUGUGACAACGGUUGUUUUACCAGAGACACUAAGAUGGAUCUCAUACUCUGGACCAGCAGGAUCAUGGAGAAGUCACUAAAACAAAUGGAAGGAGUGGUACCUGGUGUCUUCUCCUUGAACGUGCUGCUUCUGGAUAUUGAACCGUACUUUUAUCUUUACCGAGGUGUUUUUAGUGUCUGCUGGACGGCUGAAUCGUCCUCGGCUGAGGUGGAGAUGAUGGUAGUUGUCCUUGGUCCUUAAGAUUCACCACAUUAGUUUAGGACAGGUCGGCAGGGCCAACCUCAUUAGAGGAGACAAGAAAGUUCAUGCAAAAAUGUUUGUAUCGUUAGGCAAAACCAUAAUAGGGUUAGGUAUUGGAGUAAUGUUGACCUUGUAGUCGGUAAGAAUCUUUUGACAGUCUGGUGAAGAACGCAGAGGAAAGAACAUGGUCUUGUAGUACAGAAAAGACGAAAGACACUGCUGAAUGUUCGUCGCAAAAGCAAAACAAUCGCAGUUGCUGUCGCCGACAAAACACUUAACCAAGCAGCUAAUCCCCUUCGACUUUUUGCUAGCUUUAGCGGUGCUAACAUUAGCUUUGGCUGCUAACCAAUAACUUAAGCUUGAAAGCAAACAGCUGGAAGAGAUAGAGCCGGUGUUUUCUCCAUCUUUUUGAAAACAAGGUUCCACUGCCGUUUCAACUUUUAGCUAGCAUUUGCGGGUCAUUGAGUGAGCUAACGUCAGAGCUGGAGCAAUGUUAGUACUGUCGUGUUUAGUCGGGUUGUCCUUCCAUUCCCCCCUCAGGUAAUAUAACAGUGGACCAAUUCUGCUGUGAUUCUUCAGUCAACAAGUUUUGUACGCAGGUUAAGUUUGUUCAAAUUUUGGGUGUUUGUAAAAAUACUUGAAAUCUCAACAUGGGCCAAAAAUGGUGUCUUGAAUUGUGACUAACUAAUCACAAUUCUUCGUCAAAGCGUUUAAAAGGUCCAACUGUCAUGGACCAACUCGGCCUCUAGUUACAGCCACUAGGUUUAUAGAUUAUUGAUGUCAUAUUUUGCCUGUAAUAGCGUUGACCCAGGUAGGAUUUGUUGACGUGCUAGCUGGUGUGGACCUGUUUGGACUGGAUCCACGACACAAGACCUGAAUGUUGAAUUUACGUUUAGGACUUUUUCCAAAGCCAAGGACAGAAUUGUAUCUUCAUGAAGACGCGCGGAAGGGAGCCUGGACAUGCACAGGUCCUAAGAUGAACUGGACUUACAGUAGUACUGAUUCCCGGACUUUUAUGAACAGCAGAACGCCACCCUGGGGACUUGCCUAUAGCUUGUAUCAAUGUUUACACUCUGUCCAAGAAACUGUGUGUGUUAGGUAGAACUUGACAGAAACCGUAGAAUCAGGGACAUUGCAUGUAAAUCUGUUUCUAUGACACGGCACCCGGUCACACGGAAUGUAUCCCGCACGGUUUUGUUGACCAGCGUCCGUGUUUGCUAUCAUGGAAUGUAAUUUCGGUUCACAGUCGCUUUGUUCCACCUCAAAAAGUUUAGCAGUUCACGUUGCAGAUGAAGCCUCAAGAGUGUAGAGUCGUCGGUAUUUGUCCUAAGUUCUGUUUUUAUGUUGUGGCAAUCGCUCAAGAUACUUUUUAAUUUUCUUCCAGUCAGACAAGAGAUUUUUAAAGAACGUCGUCUCCACCCCCAUGCUGACCCUAAACAGAAUGGAUGUUUACCGCAUUUUAUAAACAAACAUUUACUUGAAAUCAGGUGAUGAUUUAUUUAAAAUCAGGUGAUGAUUCACUUGAAAUCAGGCGAUAAUUUACCUGAAAUUAGACAAGGACAUACUCGAAAUCGGGCAAUGAUUUAUUUAAAUCAGGCGAUGAUUUACUUGAAAUCAGGUGAUGAUUUAUUUAAAAUCAGGUGAUGAUUAAUUAAUUAAAAUCAGGCAAUGAUUUAUUUAAAAUAAGGUGAUGAUUUACUUGAAAUCUGAUGAUUCACUUGAAAUCAACCGAUGAUUUACUUGAAAUCCGGCAAAGAUUCACUUGAAUUCAGAAGAUGAUUUACUUGAUAUCAGGCAAUUAUUUACUUGAAAUCAGGACAUGAUUUACUUGAAAUCAGGUGAUGAUUUACUUGAAAUCAGGUGAUGAUUUACUUAAAAUCAGGUGAUAAUUUAAUUAAAGUCGGGUGAUGAUUCACUUGAAAUCGGGUAAUAACUGACUUGAAAUCAGGUGAUGGAAAAAAAAGAAAUCAGGUGAUGAUUUACUUGAAAUCAGGUGAUGAUUUACUUGAAAUCAGGUAAUGAUUUGCUUAAUAUCAGGCGAUUAGUUACUUAAAAUCUGACGAUGAUUCACUUAAAAUUAAGCGAUGAUGCACUUGAAAUCAGGCGAUGAAUCAUUUGAAAUCAGGCGAUGAUUUACUUGAAAUCAUGUAGUAAUUUAGAUGAAAUCAGGUGAUAAUUGAAUUAAAAUCGGGUGAUUACUUGAAAUCAGGUGAUAAUUUACUUGAAAUCAAGUGAUCAUGUAAUUAAAAUCGGGUAAUCAUGUACUUUAAAUCAGGAAAUGAUUUACUUACAAUCAGGUGAUGAUUUACCUGAAAUCAAGCAAUAAUUUACUUGAAAUCGGGUAAAGGUUUAAUCAAAGUCUGGUGAUUCUUUUUUUGAAAUCAGGUAAUAAUUUACUUGAAAUCAGGUGAUGAGUUACUUGAAAUCAGGUGAUCAUUUCAGUAAAAUCGGGUGAUGAUUUACUUGAAAUCAGGUGAUAAUUUACUUCAAAUCAAGUGAUUAUUCACUUAAAAUCAGGUGAUGAUUUACUUGAAAUUAAGUGAUCAUGUAAUCUAAAUCGGGUAAUCAUGUACUUUAAAUCAGGAGAUGAUUUACUUACAUUCAGGUGAUGAUUUACCUGAAAUCAGGCGAUAAUUUACUUGAAAUCGGGCAAAGGUUUAAUCAAAGUCCGGUGAUGAUUUUCUUGAAAUCAGGUAAUAAUUUACUUGAAAUCAGGUGAUGAGUUACUUGAAAUCAAGUGAUUACUCACUUAAAAUCGGGUGAUGAUUCACUUGAAAUCAGGUGCUAAUUUACUUCAAAUCAAGUAAUUAUUCACUUGAAAUCAGGUGAUAAUUUACUUCAAAUCAAGUGAUGAUUCACUUGAAAUCAGGUGAUAAUUCAAUUAAAAUCAGGUGAAGUACUUGAAAUAAGGAGAUGAUCUACUUGAAAUCAGGUGAUGAUUUACUUAAAAUCAGUUUACAAUUUAAUUAAAAUCGGGUGAUGAUUCGCUUGAAAUCAGGUGUUGAUUUAAUUAAAAUCAGGUGAUGAUUUACUUGAAAUCAGGUGAUGAUUUACUUAAAAUCAGGUGACAAUUUAAUUAAAAUCGGGUGACGAUUCACUUGAAAUCAGGUGACAAUUUAAUUAAAAGCAGGUGAUCUACUUGAAAUCAGGUGAUUACUCCCGUGAUAUUGGCGAAUGAAGCAACCCAUGUUGCCGCCGGGACUUUCCUACACCACAGAUGUCCUCAGUUUCGUUUGCAAAAGAUUGGCUUCAUGUUGUUGCCGUUGACGUCUCAUUUGCAUAAUCAUCAUGGGGCAUGCGCAUAUAUUUUUACAAAAGGCUGGUUAUGAACAUUUAUUUGUGCAACAACUUCUUUGUUACUCCUCACUAAUAAAAACCUGCUUAUUUAUAUUUA